AUGGGUCUCUUCGGUCGCCGCCGGUCGGACUCCACAGCAGUUGAGCGAAGCCACCCUGAACUCACCAAGCCACAACUCAAACGUGCAACACGAACACGCAAGACCUGGGCCCUGUUGACAUCCUUUUUCCUAUUCGUUGCCGUCAUCUUCCUCAUUCUUCUGCAAAUCAGCGGCACAUCCAACAGAUAUCUGCUGCGCGACUGGUACUUCAUCCGCCUCGAUCUCAGCAAUGUUGUUCCGUCGUCGGUGCCCAACUUCGCCCUGAUCAACACCAUUGCGCAAACACUGGGUCUGCACGAUUUCUACCAGGUCGGCCUAUGGAACUUCUGCGAAGGCUACAAGGGUGAAGGCGUCACGUACUGCUCUCCGCCUGAGACACUGUACUGGUUCAACCCCGUCGAGAUUCUGCGUAACGAGCUGCUCGCGGGAGCGUCGAUCAACUUGCCCGCUGACAUCAAUGACAUCCUCGACCUUAUCAGGCUCGUAUCCAACUGGAUGUUCGGCCUCUUCCUGACGGGCACUGUCCUCUCCUUCGUGCUCAUCUUCGUGAUGCCGCUCUCCGUCUUCACGCGCUGGCUCGCGCUCCCCGUCGCGAUCCUCGCCUUCCUCAACGCGCUCUUCACCACCGUCGCGUCCGUGCUCGCGACCGUCAUGUUCGUCAUCUUCAAGAACACUAUUAGUGGCGUGGCUGAACUGAACAUCGGCGCGGACAUUGGCAUCACCAUGUUCGCUUUCAUGUGGGUUGCCAGCGCCAUGACCAUCUUCGCGUGGUUCGUGCAGAUGGGGCUGUGCUGCUGCUGCGCCAGCCGACGCGAUGUCAAAACGGGCCGCAAGCGGGGCAACGAGAAGGCGUACUCCAUGGACAUGGGUACGCGAGGCGUCACCGACGGCGUCGCUGACCCUGCUGUGGAGACCGAGCCCAAGGUCGCUCAUCCUGCGCGCGGCGUCAAGUUCUGGAAGCGUCGCUAG